AAAUAAAAAAGCCUCCGCUCUAUUGCAUUUCCUUGCGUUGAAACUUCAAUCGGAAAGCAGGUCGAAUAUACUUUCUCUCUCUAUACCUUGCUUCCUCUGAUCCGCGUGAAAUCGCUUAAUCCAGGUUCUCCUACAUGUUUAUGCAUCUGGUUUGUGAAUCCAACGCAGCGGGUUGAGGAAGAUGAGUCAGGUUUAUGAAGGAUAUGAAAGGCAGUACUGUGAGUUAUCGGCGAAUUUGUCGAGAAAAUGCAAUUCUGCUGCUUCUCUUUUGGAUGGAGAGAAAAAGAAACAAGAGGUUUUAGAAUUACAAGCAGGACUCGAUGAAGCUGAUGUUUUGAUUCGGAAAAUGGAUCUUGAAGCUAGAAGCUUACAACCUAGCUUGAAAGCUACUUUACUUGCUAAGCUAAGGGAAUAUAAAUCUGAUCUUACUAAGUUGAAAAGAGAAGUGAAGAAAUUAACUUCCCUUCAUUCAAACCACACAACCGAAGACUUAGAAUCUGGGACAGGUGGUCUGCAUGAGGCUUCUGCCAAUCAAAGGGAUCGACUGGCCAUGUCCACAGAGAGACUGGAUCAAUCAACUGACAGACUGAGAGAGAGUCGAAGGGCUGCACUAGAGACGGAAGAGCUCGGCGUAUCAAUCCUCGAAGAUUUGCACCAGCAGCGCGAAACUCUCUUACAUUCUCACAAGAAGCUUUCUGAUGUGGACAACGCCAUCGACAAAAGUAAAAGGGUACUGACUUCGAUGUCGAGAAGGAUGAGCAGGAACAAAUGGAUUGUCGGGUCAGUAAUCGCUGCACUUAUUGUUGCUAUCCUAGUUGUUCUUUACUUCAAAAUUUUUCAUUGAUUUUGGGGCACGGUUUCGUAUUUGGCUUGUUAUGUGUCUCAGCAUUGUGUAUUUCUUGCAACGUUUGUGUGUAUUUUUACAGCCGGAGUUGCUGCUGAAACCCACAAUACUAAUAUUGUGUUACAUACCAUUUUUUACCGCCUCGUUUAGAUAUAUUUUGGGUUAGUUUGUAAAUAGUAAAAAGUAAAUUGAAAUUAUGUCUGUGAUAUGAUUAAAUAGUUUUUCAUUUUUCCAUU